AUGGGAAUCCCACCUCCCCUUCACCAUCAUCACCGCCAUCACCUUUACAAAAGAUGGGCAACCACAACUUCAGGAAGCAACAACAACGGAGUCAACACGCCUGUUGCUGCAUCUCUGCAAGGGCAAGUGGCACCCACUGUGGAGUCUGCACGUACGUCACCAAUCCCACCGUUUUCAGCUGCUGCACGACUGUCAGCUUUGGGCUCGGGCUCAACCACAGCAUCAUCUGCCUUAUAUGGGGCCGGUGUCCCACGUGCAGUUGUGACACGAAGAUUGCGGAGUGACAUCAGUGAGGACGAAAAGCAGGAGAUAAGAAUGGCGUUUGAGCUGUUCGACACUAGAAAAAGCGGCAGGCUGUCAUAUCGGGAGGUAAAGGUUGCAAUGAGAGCCUUGGAUUUAGAUGUCAAAAAGGCUGAGGUGAAAAAGCUGAUAGAGGAGCACUCAAGGAGCGACUUAGAGGAAGUCGAUCUUGACGGGUUCAUGGAAAUAAGUAAGACGCGAGUAUUAAAAGAUUUAUGCUUGGACGAGGAUGGUACUGGAAAAAUCUCACUUAAGAACUUGAGGAAAGUUGCCAGAGAUGUUGGGGAACACAUUACAGAUGAGGAACUGGGUGCAAUGAUUGACGAGUUUGACAAAGAUGGUGAUGGGGAAAUCAGUGAAGUCGAGUUUUUUUCCAUCAUGAAGAAAGACGAACUAUAUGACUGA